CUGUUUUUGGUGAAACAAUCUACCAAUAAGAUUUUUUUUCUUUGGAUUUGGGAAGUGGGAUUUUGUUGGGUUCAAGUAAAGAAUUAAGCAGUGUCAGACUUGUAUAAAAUCUCAAUUGGUUUGUUUUCAGAAUUUGUUAUAGUUGAGAAAGAUUUAGCAUCAACUUGAACGACUUGUUGAAAUAAUUGGAAAGUUUUCAGUAGUAGUACACUUAUAAUUGAAGGUUUUGAGUUUCCAUUGUUAUUGUUGAAUAGUUGAAUUCUUGGUUGUAAGAAGAUGGUUGGAAGUAUUGAGGUGAUGAAUCAAAAUUUGUACUCAAAUGGGACUAUUCAGAAUGGUAAUUGUAUGGAAGAGAAGCUUGAUGAGUUACGGCGCUUUCUUGGCAAGGCUGAUGGUGAUCCAUUGAGGAUUGUUAGUGUUGGAGCUGGUGCUUGGGGUAGUGUUUUUGCUGCUUUGUUGCAAGAUAGCUAUGGUCAGUUCCGGGAGAAGGUCCAGAUCAGGAUUUGGAGAAGGCCUGGAAGAGCUGUCGAUAGAGCCACCGCAGAACAUCUCUUUGAAGUGAUAAAUUCGAGGGAGGAUGUAUUAAGGAGGUUGAUACGGCGCUGUGCCUAUUUGAAGUAUGUUGAGGCAAGACUAGGCGAUCGCACUCUUUAUGCAGAUGAGAUUUUGAAAGAUGGCUUUUGCUUGAACAUGAUUGACACCCCGCUGUGUCCUUUGAAGGUUGUCACUAAUUUGCAGGAAGCUGUUUGGGAUGCUGAUAUUGUAGUGAAUGGGUUGCCUUCAACUGAAACACGCGAGGUGUUUGAAGAGAUAAGUCAUUAUUGGAAGGAGAGAAUUACCGUGCCGAUUAUUAUCUCUUUGGCAAAGGGUAUUGAAGCUGCACUUGAACCUGUUCCUCACAUUAUAACUCCUACACAGAUGAUUAACAGAGCAACUGGUGUACCCACAGAAAACAUACUUUAUCUUGGUGGACCAAACAUUGCCUCUGAGAUUUAUAACAAAGAAUAUGCUAAUGCUCGAAUAUGUGGAGUUGAAAAGUGGAGGAAGCCUCUUGCAAAAUUUCUGAGGCAACCCCAUUUUGUUGUAUGGGACAAUAGUGACCUUGUCACUCAUGAAGUCAUGGGCGGUUUGAAGAACGUCUAUGCCAUUGGAGCUGGAAUGGUUGCUGCUCUUACCAAAGAGAGUGCUACCAGCAAAUCAGUAUACUUUGCACAUUGUACAUCCGAGAUGAUAUUUAUUACACAUUUAUUGGCGGAAGAGCCUGAGAAGCUUGCAGGGCCUUUGCUGGCUGACACAUAUGUAACCUUGUUAAAAGGUCGUAAUGCGUGGUAUGGGCAAAUGUUAGCCAAGGGCGAACUAAGCCGGGAUAUGGGUGACAGCAUCAGUGGCAAAGGAAUGAUUCAGGGUGUCUCUGCAGUGAGAGCAUUCUAUGAACUUCUUAGUCAAUCAAGCCUAAGUGUCUUACAUCCAGAAGAAAAUAAGCCUGUUGCUCCGGUUGAGCUUUGCCCCAUCUUAAAGACGCUCUACAAAGUACUUAUAAUAAGGGAGCAGUCAUCACAAGCUAUUCUGAAAGCACUGAGGGAUGAAACCUUAAAUGAUCCGCGAGAACGCAUUGAGAUUGCGCAGAGCCAUGCUUUCUACAGGCCUUCACUUCUUGGCCAGCCAUGAGUAUUUAUAUGGCAUGGCAGAAGUGGUGUUGGGAAAACAUAUAAUUAUAUAGAAGCAACUGUUCAAACAUUGAACACAAACAUACUGGUUUUGUAAUGAACUCUGUAUUUGUCUUGAUAUAUUGAAAGCUAGUAAUUGA